GCUGUCACUGCUCAUUGCUGGGUCACAUCCAGCCCCGCAUCCAUCAGCACUCCCAAGCCCUUCUGGGCAGGGCUGCUCUUGAUCUGUUCAUCCAAUACUGCGAGGGCAGGAGGGAGCUGCUGGUAACUGGGGGCCUGCCAUGGUUGAGUGACAGGGUCAGAACAACAAAGAGUUUGGAACAGAUGUGCAAACUACAUCACCACCCGUGAAACAGAAGUACAUGUGGGUUUUGAGAUCCUAAUUAUGAAAAGAGAUUUCUGAAACUGGUGUCUGAUAUCCCAUCUCCAAAGAUGCAGCAACAUAAAGGUUAUGUCUAUGUGCUCUUGAAACUUCUGGCAUUUUUUAAAACACACCCUAGAGAGAAGACUCUUACCACAUUUAAAAAAGAAAAAUCCUAAAUAAUCCACACUGAUAUUCUACUUCCUGAGCGAGAAUCCCUUUCAACUCCAUCAAUUGCAAAGGAAAAUAAAUAAAUUUUCUCCGAUGCACCAGGCGCACGCCCAUUGUCCCCAGGGUCCCGGCGGAUGCCCGCACAGGCAGCUGCCGCAGCCCAGCUCGGCUCGCAUUGUCCCUGCCCAGCUCGGAAGGGGGCCCCGGUUGCGGGAUGGUUUUGUGGCACCGGCGAGCGGCUUCCUCGAACAAAGCGCGUCCCGCGAUUUCCUGCCAGCCGCUGCCGUCGGGGCGCGUCGCUCCCGCCGUGUCCCCGCGGCGGGGGCCGGGGAGGGGCAUCGCUGGGGGCAGUCCCCGAGCAUUGAUAACCCCGUGCCGGGCCCGCGCGGCAGCCGGGAGCGCCUGUCCCGCACCGCCACGCACCGCACGGCGCCGGCGCGGGAGAUGCGGCGGGAGGGCGAGCCCCGCGCCGGGCCGCGCCGUCGCUGAGGCUCGCCGAGGAUGCGGCUGCCGCUGGCGCUGCUGGCCCUGGCCGCGCUGGGGGCCGCCGGCGGCGGCGCGGGGCGGGAGGAGGCGGAGGAGGCGCGGGCGGGGCGGUUCUCCACGCCGGAGCAGCAGCGCUGCCGCUGGGAGCUGCGCUCGGCGGCGGCGGCCAGCGAGCUGCGGCUGAGCUGCCGGGCGGCGGGCGGCGGCGCGGCGCGGAGCUGCACCUACCGCGGGGAGCCGCGGCGCUGCCCGGCCUUCGGCGCCCGCCCCUGGCAGUACUGGCGGCAGAUCCUGGCCCGGCUGCGGCGGCGGCGGCCGCACCCCUGCGCCCCGGCAGCGCCGCUCCGCGCCCGCCUCUGCGGCCCGGGCCGGGCGCCGCCCGAGGCGCAGCUGCGCCUGCUGCCCGAGCCCGGCCCCGGCCCGGAGCCCUCCGAGCAGCCGGCGCACUCGUACUGCGCUGAGCGGUGGCACUCGCUGUGCAGCUUCUUCGUCGGCUUCUGGGAGGGCUGAGCCGCUCCGGCCGCCCGGGCUCCGCAGCCCGACACUCCCGCGCUCGCUGCUCUCUGCCACCGCCGCCGGUGCCCCCCGACUCUGUCCGCUCCCCUUUUCUAGUCCCCAAUAAAGCGGUAACUAUUUUGUGACAA